UGAGCUACUCAUUCUACAAUACAUAAUGACGGCCGUAUGCACAAGGUCAACAUCGAUAAGAAUGUACUAAUAGGCCACUACAAGCUAAUAGAGCAGAAAGUCAACAACAUUCUGUAUACGCAAGCCGUAGAUGAGGUGAUUGAACAGGCAACAGUAGCAAUGGCGAGGUAUAUAGAGGUUGGACGCUCGGCUGACAAGACGUAGAAGCUCUCGAUUUAUCUUCAUUGUAUCAUGAAAGCCAA